AUGGACAAAACCUGGGAAUUUUAUGAAGGAGUGGCAAGCAUAUCUAAACUUUGUUCGCAUGACAGUGACAAAUCCACCCAAGUUACCCCGCCAUCCUUCAUUUCCUUUACAACGAAUAGAAACAUUGGUUUAGCGCAAAUCUGUGCAAAAACCAAUAACCAUGAAAAUGAUUAUGCAAUACAACAACCGAUACCAACCAUUGCGCAACCGAGAAAAAAGAAAUAUCCUGUUACAUCACGUGUUCCCAAUUACAAGGCAUUAAUUCCAAUUAAUUUAACAUCCACAAGAAAAGUUCCUUCGAGAGAGUCGGGAUUUGCUGUUCCUAAGUUUAUGUUUAUCAACAUAUGUAGUCUGGCAAAAACAAAAAAUCGAGUACGAGCUGUAGUUGCACUGGAGGCAGACUUGGUCAAUAACGAUAUAGAUGUAUGUGUGGUGAGCGAGAGUCACCUGAAACCUGAAAUGCCAGAUGCUGUGGUGACCAUUCACAAUUAUUCAAUAUUUAUAAGAGAUAGAAGUUGGGAAGGACGCGAUAUGAGAGCAAAAGGAGGGGUAGCAAUAUAUGUUCGGAACAACUUAAAAGUUAUUGAUAUUUAUCGAUCCAGUUUGUACGAACUUAUUGGUGUCACACUUCUGUUACCUACAGGAAACCGCAUGUCGAUAUAUGGCCUUUAUCACCCACCUAGGCACAAUUAUCUGGAGAGCGACUUAUUGGAUUAUUUGAUAAAUAUUUCUGACGACGUUCUGGACAAAUAUCCAGACACUGUAAUUGUUUGUGGAGGGGAUUUGAACAGUUUGGACAUAAAACACCUUGAGGAACUAUCAGGAUGGGAUACAAUGGUCGACUUUUCAACAAGGGGUAACGCAUGUUUGGAUAACUGCCUUACAAAUAGAAUAGAUUUGUUCUCAAAAUGUUAUCCUUUCCACAUGUUAACUAAAACAGACCACAUGGGGGUUAUUUUACCAGCAGGAACGAAACUAAAACCUAUGCGCCGAAAGGUUGAAUUUCAGGAUUGUAGAAAGCAUCGAAAGGAAGAUUUCCACAAAGCUUUAGCAGAAGAAGAUUGGGAGGAUGUAUCGCAGUCCACGAAUGUAAAUGACGCUGUGAAUUGUCUUGAACGUAAGAUCAUGGAUCAUAUGAAUAAAUGUAUGCCCACAAAAACAGUCUCAAUUUCGUCACGUGACCCUUACUGGAUGAGUCCUUUAAUUAAAUCUUUGCUAAAAUCUAAAUCCAGAAUUGCUCGGUCGCAAAAGGAUAGACUCAGUUUAAUUAAAGUGCCACUAACCCCCUAAAUUUUCUUUUCAUAAAAUCAAUAACCGCUAUUUAUGGAGUACAAAAAUGAAAAAAUUGUUUUAAUCGGUUGAAUUCUCGCUAUUCUAUGGCUUCUCAAAGUUUGAAAAAUUGCCCUAAAAUCGACGCCAUUUUGUCCCACGAGCGAGCGCCGAUGAUAUGGGCUUGUGACGUCAAUUGGUGAACCGGCUGUUGUGUCAACACAAGUGUUUACAGUGCUAGGCGAGUUUGUUAGGCAUGCGAACGGCGAGAAAAUGCCGAAAAGAUGCGUUGUUGCCGGUUGUAACAACAUAGGAGAUAAGGAAAAAGAAAUAUCGUUGCAUGCAAUUUCUUAUUCGGGGGACGAACGGCCCGAAGCGAAAAAAAACGAAAGAAAUGGACGGACUUCGUACUAUUAAGCCUCAAACGUGCAAAAUGGACGCCGACGUCGUAUUCAGUCAUAUGCUAUCAGCAUUUCAAGCCCGAGGAUUUUUUGCGACGGUUUUCCCAUGUCGAAGGUGAAAGCUUCGUUGGCAACAGAUGGCUCAAAAGGGACGAGAUCGUAAUUUGUGUAUUCCCAACAAUCAUGCCAUCAGCUGACGCACAGAAAGUUUCAGACAGAUACAAGAGAAUGGUAUGCUAAUUUUGUAUUUUAUACAUAAUUGUGCGCAACUUGAAUUUGUUUUACUAAACUGAUUUAAUUAAUAAACAUAUCAUUAUAUAACAUGCUAACACUUAAACUGAUAAACAGUAAUUGGGUAAAGCAUAUAAGAAAGACAAUUUCGUUUAGUCUGUGAGAGCUUUCUUUGUCAUUACAGUAAUUCUGUCUUCAGACUUCAGCCUUGCAGAUUUUUGUAAUUUCCGUGUGCAAUUUGAUACAGUAUUAUACAGUGAUAUAAUUCUCCAUCUAUGUCUCUUGCUAUGCCUAUGUUUUAGUAAAGUCAAUAUGCCCACUAUGACCCAUAGGGGUGUAUUUUAAGGAUGUCUGAGGAGGGUAUCAUAUUUGACUGUCAAAAUAAUUAUAGUGAAAUAUUGAUCAAUGCAUACCAUGUACCCAUGUAUAUAUAUAUAUUCCAUGUUUGAUUUGUACAGAUUAUGUCGAAGAAAUAUUUCAAACUUUUCUCAAUGUUACCAAAGAUGAUCUUAAAAAAGCAGCCAAGCAACUCAAAGAGUACGGUGUCUUUGCAAAGUGUUGCCCACUGCCUGUGGCCCACAGAUAAGUUACCCAGUAUGCUUGCUGUUAAUAUAAAUCUUUUUGUUACUGUAGUUUCACUACUACGUUGUUGAACAGAGCCAAAAGAAGUCUAAAGCAGCACCAAAAUGCAGGGCAUGUGAACAACCCAUGAAAGGACACAAGUUUGUUACAGACUGUCCAAGGAAUGAAAGGAGCACAUCAUAG